AUUUAAUUAUUUUCAUUUGUGAAAAGGCCGUUUCACAUAAGUAUGUGGAGCCAAAGUAGGCCUUCAGUUUAAGCGCACAUGACACAAUCAGUGGAUACCUCUCUCAACUCACGAGUGACCAAAAGUCCUGAUCUCUUGCUCUGGCCUUCAAUUCAAUGUCGCUUUGCAUUUCAAUGAUCUCCAUGUCAACACCCAUAGGUAAUGUAAACACCUCCUGCAUUUUAGCUGACAGCUGUUAAAUGUCAACGCUGAGGAAAGGGUUUGAUACAAAACGUGUGUCAGCCUCGUCUUAACUGAGUGGUCCACAAACUGAACUUCACUUUGAAUGCCUCCACUGCGCUAAUCAUGUGACCAAGCUCUCGGUCUUUCCCUUGCAAUUAUCGGUUAAGGUCAUUGAGUUUUGCAGUCAGAUCGGUAAGGAACCCCAAGUCCAAUAACCAAGUAUCGUCGGACAGCUGCUCAUACUCCUCGUUCCUCGACUUCAGAAAACUGAUGAUCUCUGGCAGCAAAUCCAGAAAACGCUGGAGCACCUUGCCCCGACUGAGCCACCUUACAUCUGCGUGAAGGAUCAAAUCUCCAUACACAGAGUCCAGCUCGUCCAAUAAAGACUUAAAUAGCCGGUGCUGGAGUGCUUUUGCGCGAAUUUAGUUGACAAUCUUAACAACAACAUUCAAUACAUGCGACAUGUCAAUUGCUUUAGCUGCCAAUGCCUGUUGAUGUAUCACACAGUGAUAGUUUACAAAUGGUGGAAAGUCUGGGUCUUUUCUGCACAGCGCAACAAAUCCUGAACGAACACCGAGCAUCGCUGGUGCCCCAUCGGUUGUGAAGGACACUAUUUUAUGAAUGGGAAUCUUGUACUCACGAACAUAGUCCUUGAAUGCCUUGUACACAUCCUCACCCCUGGUUCUUUCUUUCAAUGGGAUAAGGGCAUGAAAGGCCUCCUUGACAGAAAAAUCCAUGAAAACCAUCCGGACAAACACACCUAGCUGGGAUGUGUCUGUGGCAUCGGUAGACUCGUCAAAUUGAACUGAAAAGUAUUCCGAGAGAGACAAGUAUUUUAAUACUUGCUGGGAUACAUCUUCGGACAAUGACUGGACUCUUCUGGCUACAAUGUAUUCAAAUUCCAAGCUGGAUAUAAAAGGAUCCCUUCAUUUUUGAUACUUUGUGAAUCACACAAAUGGCUCAAGGCAGUUACAUUUGGAGAAAUGUGUCAGGUCAAAGCACUGAAGAGUGUGCUCCUAACUGCCUGGGCAUUGACUACAGUUAUCAUCCGGACUUGGACUACAUCAAGUGUGUGGACCAUUUCCAAAACAACGCCAACAUUAAGCGGCUAAGCCUUAAAAGGAGGCCAAAAGUGGCCAUCAACAAUGCAGAAAAAUUAUCCAACGCUUCAUCCAGCCAGUGGUAUUCUGCAGAAUCAUUGUCAUCAUCUUGCAGUGAUCAUACAAGACUACUGGGCAUGUCAUCUACAACCAGCCGUCGACCUCCUCUUCCUCCACCACAUGGUUCCUCAUUGGAUAACAAACCCUCACGGGGUGAAGGACCCACUACCUCUCAGGUAGAGUCAAAGCCUCAGCCGGCUGCAAGAUCUUUUCCUUCACAAAAACAACGCCCUGUAGUGGGAGAUGCCAUUAUGGAGACCUUAAAACACUUGGAACAGGAGGUUAAGACACAGCUUCCACCUCAGCCCCAACCCCGUCGACGAUUGGCCAGCUUUGGAGGGGUAAGCUCCCAUGGGUCUCUCUCCCCCUUCACUGGCCUGGGUGCAUAUAACCUGAACAUCAAUGGGAACAAGCCCACUAGCACUGGAGGUGAUAUGCAUGUCCACCUUAGCUCGUCCUUAGGCAGUAGAGGCAGCACAGGAUGCUUAAGACAGAGUCCACAGAGCUCUGGCAGAACCACACCAGCGACAGGUCUCGGCCCCAUGCACCUGCAGCAUGUUCGUGACCAGAUGGUGGUAGCUCUGCAGAGGCUGAAGGAGCUGGAGGAGCAGGUGACAAUCAUCCCUAUCCUCCAGGUAAACAUCUCAGUCCUCCAGGAGGAGAAGAGGCAACUGGUCUCUCAGCUCAAGAACCAAGGUGACAACGAGGGCAUCAAUUGUGUGAUCUGGAAGAGAGCCGAUAGCAUGGAAAAGUCUGACAUUGAGACCACGAUUAAUACAGAACUUGAGGAAUUAUUGAGAAAUGAUCACACCAAUUUUAAGGAGUUCAGGCAAUUGACUGAAGAGAUGCAGGCAUUGGAAAGAACCAUCAAGGACAAACAUUUGCAAACAAUGCAUGGAAAAGGCCAAAUCUCUCUACAUGACAAUGCUAUCAAGUCAGUCGCAGCUGUAACUGAUAAAGAUAUAGAUAUCACCCUGUCCAAACCAACUAAAGAAAACAAAUAUGUGAACACUGAUCAGGUACAGACGAGGUCAAUUGCAACAGAAGUGACGGAAGAGAAUCUUGGACUAUACACAGAACGGGAAGCAGAGAUUGAUGCUCAACAAUUUUUAAUUGGUGCCUUGAAGGAGAGAAUGUGUUACAUGGAAGCAGAGUUGAAGGAAUCAGCUCUUGAGACAGAGAUGAGUCGUCUGAAACUGGAGCUUCAUGCUGCAGGAGCAAGGAACCGAGCUGAUAAAGCCUGCUCUGCAAGACCAUGCACUGAGAGCAAAAGCAUUGAGGCAAGGCCCCACACCACAAGCCAGGGUGUGGGAAAUCACACAGAGCUCCAAGAUGCCAGCACAGGGAAGGAAACAGAGGUGAAGACUGUGGGAGUAUCUUGUUACGGGCCUGAGCUUAAGAGUGUUUGUACAGGACCAGAUGAACCCAUGAGCCACUGGGAGGUCAGGGAGCGGGUGGAGACUAUGGAAAAGGGUGUGGGGAUCCACAUUUCUACCAACACACAGGGAGUUGGAAAUGCGAUAAAGUUAUGUGAUGCAGAAACCAACACUGAGAUACCAGUGGAGAAUCUGGGUUCUAAGAAAAGUCAGAUUAAGUAUCGUUCAGUGGGGUGUGGGGACUGUUCUGUUGAUGUGAUAGUCAGCGAGGCAAAGGAAGUUGUGUCUCAAGGUAUUUCCACAGAUCAAGUCAGAGGAGUAGAUCUGGGAGUCAUGGCAUCACCUCAGACAGCUUGUCAGCGUACCAACACAGAAUCCAGUUCAGUGUCUCGCUUUACCAACACCAGCCAUGCCUUUAACACGGACUCCAGCACUAAUACUGUCUUAAGUACCCAAGACAAGCACACCAACACCACUCAGACUUUUACUAGGACAGUGUCAGUAGGCAACAGGGUCAAAGACAUCAAAUGUACCCCAGAGACCCGCACUAUUGGUGUAGGAACUGAAAAUAUACAAGGAAGUGCCUUAAACCAAACAACAGGGACUGCCGCCAAGUUAACCCGAGACGCUGGUGUUGGAUUUACAAACAUUAAUGAUCAUUUCCUGAUUGGGCUGAAAACCCGGAAUAUGGCCUCUGGACCCUCUUAUCUACCUGACCCCAUUAAGACAAGGAGCAUUGGUGUAGGGGAGGGGAGGAUACAGGAUCUGUCUGUCUCAUGCAGUGCACCUGGCCAGAUGAUCCAGAGAUCUUCACAGUCUCAGUGGGGCCCCGAGCUGAACCAUUACAUAGAGAAGAUGCAAUGGCUUCUCAGGGAGCAUGGGGACCUGCUGACUGAUGGCCAACCUCAGAGGAGAGAAGGAUUUGUCCCACAACCCAGUAGCCAAGGAAGUGCCAACUCCAAGCUGUCCUGCAAUAACGAAACUGCAGCACAAGGAGAAACAGAAGUCCAUCCUUUAGGUCCUCAGCCAUCAGUCAGCGGAGAGUUUCAAUGUCCAUCUCCACUCUUAGAUGAGUCUUCCAUGUGGGACCAAGCAAACCCAGGAUUCUGCCAACAGAGUGACACUAAUUCAGAGGUGAAAAGAAUGAUACAGAUGUUGGAACAACAGGCAUCCUCUAAUCUGCAAGACAGGUCAUCUUAUCCCGGUGUGCGGUCUGUAAUGAAGAAACGAAAUGGCGACCAGGGUUGUAGCAGCACCAGGAAGAGCAUGAAAUUCAUGAGGGUGACCACAGGAUUGGAUCCCAUGUCUUCUUACGAAUGUUGUGCCAGUGAGCAUGCAAACUCUGAGGAAGUGGAAAAGAGGGGAAACAAAAAUUCAAGGGAAACAUCUCAAGAUGGAACGCAAGGAAGGAAGGGCAAAGGUGGUUCCAACAAGGGGUCAAAAGGGACUCCAACACCACAUUCACAGAGGUGUAAGUUAAGUGAAAAGAUGUUUUCUGCUUGUCAAGCCUUGAAGAUGCACCUGAGUGAUGACCCACCAUUAUCCAGCAGAGAAUUGCAUGACUGUCUACAAACAAUCGAGCAAGAGUGGUUUUCUGUAUCCAGCCAAAAGUCAGCCACUCCUGACUCAAUGGAUGAUUACUUGUCUGCAUUUCGGGUCAUUUCACCUUCAGUAUUGCAACAUAUAGCUAACAUGGCUGACGGCAAUGGAAACACAGCUCUGCACUACAGUGUGUCCCACUCCCACUUUGCAAUUGUCAAGAAAUUGCUUGAUGCAGAGGUGUGUAACGUUGAUCACCAGAACAAAGCCGGGUACACGCCCAUCAUGCUGGCUGCACUCGCGGCGGUGGAGAAUCCAGAGGAACUGAGAGUUGUGGAGCAGCUCUUCACAAAAGGAGACGUCAAUGCCAAGGCCAGCCAGGCUGGUCAGACGGCUCUGAUGCUGGCUGUGAGUCACGGCAGGACGGACAUGGUGCGGGCUCUGCUGGACCAAGGGGCCGACGUCAACCUGCAGGAUGACGAGGGCUCCACGGCGCUCAUGUGCUCCAGCGAGCACGGACACGCCCACAUCGUCAGACUGCUGCUGGCACAAGACCACUGUGAUGCCACCCUGAAUGACAGUGAUGACAGCACAGCCCUGUCCAUCGCCCUAGAGGCGGGACAUCAUGACAUAGCAGUGCUCCUUUAUGCACAUGCCAACUUCUCCAAAGGACAGACAGGGGCAGCUGCUCGUCACAGCAGCAGGUCUCUGUCCUCCUCUGGUGGCAGAAACAUCUUCGAAUGA